AUGGAGCGGUGGUGCCCGGAGACCCACACUUUUCAUUUUUCGUGUGGGGAGUGCACAGUGACUUUAGAGGAUGUUGCACUGCAGCUUGGGCUCUCAAUCGACGGGAGUCCCGUAACGGGAGUAAGUGCAUUUACUGAGCCGGCUACACUAAGUUAUAGCCAACUAGGAGACUCGCUCGACGAUGAUGAGUCAAAAUUUUUGGGCUUGAAAUUUACAUGGCUGAAAGGCAAUUUUGGACACUUAUCAGUUAAUGCCACUGAAGGAGAGUUGAUGUACGUUGUUCGAGCGUACAUCAUGCAUAUUAUAGGGGGAGUACUGAUGCCCGAUUCAAACAACAAGAUUCAUAUCAUGCACUUACCUCUAUUAGCUGAUUUGAGUAAUGCUCGCUUGUAUAGCUGGGGCUCCGCAGUUCUGAUAGUGUUGUAUCGGGAGCUUUGUCGGACUACAAAGCCUGCUGUCAUAGACAUGAGCGGAUGCCUUAUAUUGUUGUAG